UCCUGCUACAGGUAAAUGUCCUUCUGCUGGAUGCUAUAUAACGGCUGGUCACUCUACAGGUCUGGUACCAACAGACAACACAAACAGUUGCCUCAACUCUCCAGCUUCAAGCUCAACUACACAGAUUAACCAUGGCCAUUACUGCACUUAUCGGACUAGUACUUCUGUGUGUUGCUCCAUCAUUCCAGCAACCGGGAUUUAAAGGUGGACCAAUUAACCAUGGUAACUGCUACGACCGUUGUCUGUCGGCCUACCAAAGAAAUCCUAACGCCUACUUUGUAGCUGGGUGUAUCUGUAACCAAUACGACUUCAAGAACGGUGUCCCCAUUGAUGGCGGACACAUUGGUGGAGGACACAUUGGAGGCAUCAGAGGUAACUGUGGCUACCUGGCCCCCAACUGCCGUGCCAGCCCAGGUGAAUACAACGCCGUGUACAGGUACACCUACGACAACCAACUCAAGACCUGCGUCAAAGUCUUCGUCUACAACUCCUGUGCCUCGUCUUACGGCGUCGCUAGCAACUUCUUCCUGACCCAGUUGGAGUGUUCCCAGGCUUGCGAGUACAACAACAGGAAGUAUUAAAGGAUCGUCAUAAUCCCAACACUCUGAUACAAAGUCUUAGAUCAACAUAGGAAGUUUUAAAAGAUCGUCAUAAUCCCAACACAAAGUCUUAGAUCAACAUAGGAAGUUUUAAAGGAUCGUCACAAUCCCAACACUCUGAUACAAAGUCUUAGAUCAACAUAGGAAGUUUUAAAAGAUCGUCAUAAUCCCAACACUCUGAUACAAAGUCUUAGAUCAACAUAGGAAGUUUUAAAAGAUCGUCAUAAUCCCAACACAAAGUCUUAGAUCAACAUAGGAAGUUUUAAAGGAUCGUCACAAUCCCAACACUCUGAUACAAAGUCUUAGAUCAACAUAGGAAGUUUUAAAAGAUCGUCACAAUCCCAACACUCUGAUACAAAGUCUUAGAUCAACAUAGGAAGUUUUAAAAGAUCGUCAUAAUCCCAACACUCUGAUACAAAGUCUUAGAUCAACAUAGGAAGUUUUAAAAGAUCGUCAUAAUCCCAACACAAAGUCUUAGAUCAACAUAGGAAGUUUUAAAGGAUCGUCACAAUCCCAACACUCUGAUACAAAGUCUUAGAUCAACAUAGGAAGUUUUAAAAGAUCGUCACAAUCCCAACACUCUGAUACAAAGUCUUAGAUCAACAUAGGAAGUUUUAAAAGAUCGUCACAAUCUCAACACUCUGAUACAAGUCUUAGAUCAACAUAGGAAGUUUUAAAAGAUCGUCACAAUCUCAACACUCUGAUACAAAGUCUUAGAUCAACAUAGGAAGUUUUAAAGGAUUGACAAAAUUCCAACACUCUGAUACAAAGUCUUAGAUCAACAUAGGAAGUUUUAAAGGAUUGACAAAAUUCCAACACUCUGAUACAAAGUCUUAGAUCAACGUUAAAGGAGCGCUAUAUCGCCAACCUUUUUGUCACCAAUAAUAAUUUAGAAAAGCCAGUAUAGUUUAAAAAUAAUGAUGUUACACACAUUUUUUUCGUUUGCCAUGAUAAAAAAAACUUAAUUUUUUUUCUGUUAAAAGCUUCGAAAACUGGCCGAUUGUCAUAUGAUUUUGAUUCAAGAAUAGUUUGCCUUUAUCUGACAACAUCCAGUUGUAGAUAGAUUGUUUAGAAUUAUAGCGUGUGAAUGACUGUUUGAUGAAGAACGCUAGUUUAUAAUUAUGUUUUUUUCUUUACUGUAAAAUGUUUAAUGUCAAAUACAUCGACCAGUGUGUGGAUACAAAUGUGUUAAGACAAGUGAGAAACAAAAUAUGUCAUUGCUCAAUUUCCAUCUGUCAUAUGUGAUCUUUUAUGUGAGAGUUGAAUAAAAUUU